CCUUGAAAAUAUUCGGAAUGUUCCUUAAAAUAACAAGCGCACCUAGAAUUAUGAUCAUUUGCACGACGGCAGAGGAGUUAUAAAAUAUUUAUWACUGGUGAUGAGACUGCCUGUAACUUCACAACUCCAUCAUGAGAGGAAGAGRUGGAAUGCGCGCUGAAAGUCCCCCCGGAGGCGCGCAGAACGCUCGCGCUGCCGAGGCGCACAGAGACGCGCCGGACCUUUUUUUUUUUCUGUCCUCCUCCAGCAAUUCACGCAGAACAAAGAGGAGGCACGCAAAUGUUGUCUUUCAAGUUGCGUUUYGAGACAGGAAUCAAUUCAGAUGAGUCACACCUCGAACUUCUUUAAAGGAGAACUGACCCAAUUUCCUCAGCUCCGAUUCAAGUUUUCUCAGUUCAGCAGCCAGUUGGUGCGCAGCUGGAUCCUCAGAGGAGAAACCUGCUCCAGCCUCGGUGUUCUGCUCUGUCUCACUUCGGAAUCUUUGCGAUUCUUCUCAGGCACCGUGCGCGCGCGCGCACCGACCUGGAGAGGAAGACUCCGAUGGAAAACCAUGCAGCGCUUUGAACCCAUGGAGACAUGGCACAAAGGCUCCUCACAUCUGCGAGCAGAGUCAGCGCCAGAUUCGCCUUCAUAUUCACCCUGUCUCUGUCCUGCACCUACCUGUGCUAUAACAUCCUUUUUUACGGCGGCGCGGUCGUGACAAACCAGGGCUACGAGGGGAAACGCUGCCCGCCGAGCAAGAACGCAGGAGGGAAGAAACUUCUGGGGAAAUUAUCGGACGGAAACUGCGCCUCGCCGGAUGCCAGCAGGUCCGCCGGCCAGAGGGGACUCAGCGAGCAAAGUAAACCCCCCUCACCUGGCGGUCAGUGGGCUAACACGAGUCUGAGGAACAUGAGCGUUGCGCAGAAGUAUGGAAACAAGAAGCUCCCGAACGCGCUGAUAGUCGGAGUGAAAAAGGGAGGAACCAGAGCGGUGCUGGAGUUCAUCCGGAUCCAUCCAGAUGUGCGCGCUUUGGGGACUGAGCCGCACUUUUUUGACAGGAACUAUGACAGAGGGCUGGACUGGUACAGGGGGCUGAUGCCACGAACACUAGACAGCCAGAUCACGCUGGAGAAGACUCCCAGCUACUUUGUGACGAGAGAGGCACCCCGACGCAUCUCCGGCAUGUCUCACGAAACCAAGCUGAUUGUUGUGGUAAGAAACCCCGUCACAAGAGCCAUCUCCGACUACACACAGACUCUUUCGAAGAAGCCUGACAUUCCAACGUUUGAGGAGCUUGCUUUCAAGAACAGAAGUCAGGGUCUCGUGGACACRUCUUGGAACGCCAUUCGGAUCGGGAUGUAUAUUCUGCAUCUGGAGAACUGGUUGCAGUACUUCCGUCUGUCGCAGAUGCACUUUGUGAGCGGCGAGCGGUUGAUAACGGACCCGGCAGGGGAAAUGGGCCGGGUUCAGGACUUCCUAGGACUCAAGCGAAUAAUCACAGACAAGCACUUCUACUUCAAUCGAACCAAAGGUUUCCCUUGCCUAAAGAAGCCGGAGAGCAGCAGUCAGCCGCGAUGCCUCGGCAAAUCCAAGGGCAGGACUCACGUGCAAAUGGACCCGGAGGUCUUAGAGCAGCUGCAAGAGUUUUAUAGGCCAUUUAACAUAAAGUUCUAUGAAACUGUGGGACAAGACUUCAAGUGGGACUGAAUGUUUAAAGAAUGAUAGAUGGUCAUAAAAUGCCUACCUCUUCAAACAUCAAGUGAAUAUAUUGAACUGUUUUUUUAUAAUGUACAAAUAUAAUCUCAAUUGAUCUUGAGAUCGAUAUAAAAUCAUCAGUUUAGUAUUCAAAAUAUACUUCUAUAAAUAUUUUACAUGUGAGUCCUUCUGGAGGCAAGUGUAACUUAUUAAAUAAUAAAUAAAAGAGAUAUAUACAAAUAUAAUUUCCUUAAUGUGUGUAAUAUGAAUUAUUCAACAGGCAGCCUGUUCUAAAUCCAUCAACAAAUUCAUUAACAGAUAACUAUUGCAAAGCCUCCGUGCCAUUUAGCCUCAGCAGACACACAAUAAUGGCACUGCUUAAAUAUUUAUUAUCUAGAUUGCUUAUUUAUUUAAUAUUUCCUAWGAAAAUUAACUGCUGCCCUCACAAYGAAAAUGAGCACUCAACAUGAAGUUGACUUAAAAUGUCAGACCAAUAAUAAAAUCAGUCUGUCAGUUAUUGUGCAAUUAAAUUUAUCUUGUUUUUUUGCAGAUAUAAGUUAUGGGGAAUUGUGUCAAAUCAACUGAAGGAACAUACAGAGAGUAAUGAGAGUAAAUAACAGCUUUAUUCAAAAAAUAUUUACAUUUUUGUUAAAAUUCAACUCCUGUGUAUUUUUGUUGUGUUCGUCAAAAUACAAAUCAGAAGUCUGAGAUGAAAAUAUAUAUGGAAGAUUCUUCUUUUUAAUAAAAAAUACAAUACAAAA